UUUUUCAUCUCUCCCUUCCGGAUGGAAAAAAAGAGUAUAGCAGCGUAAAAAGCUCGCGGGAAAACGCGCGGCCCAUACGCACCCCCAAAACCGAGCCGCUCUCAUGUACGCGUAUGCGUGAGAAACGCGUUGGUGCGUGUGUUUACAACCUGUGGGUGGUGCGGCAGCGGCAGCGGCGGCGUUAGGCACCGAUUACGGGAUAUGGAUUCGCGGUGGACCCGGGUGGAGACGGAAGAUAGCAGAUGACGAGAUCCUCGGCCGAGCCCGGCGAGAAAAGGCGCCGAAUGAAAGUGAAAACGAGAGACUGCACGGUGGGCAUUGCGAUGUGAGAGGGAGGAUGCGUCGCCCUCGGGAGAACGACGAAGGGUGCUGGGAAGAUGAACGCCAAAAGGCGACGAAUGCCUUGAGCUCUCCCCGCUGCAAACCCGGUGGAUUGUGUGCGCAAGGGCCUACCCUCUUUAGAAUUCCCCGUCCGUAAAGGAGCGAAGAGCUCGUGUCGAAGACAAAGGCGAGGGGAUCGGCGCGCGAAAGGGGGUGAAAGGAGCGAGAAGAGACGCGAGGGAGAGUCGGGGACUCUUCGAGAGGGAGAGGUGCGAUUGAGCCUGAGGGGAGGUGAAAAGCGAGAAGGAGAUAAGAAGAUAAGGAAGAUGGGCGAGAGCUCGCCGGAUCUCAGCCUCCGGCUACGCCAGGGCAGUUCCGACUCCAGAGAUUCCUUCUACAUGGACUUCGCACAGGGUAUCGAUUCCGAUAUCGAGGAAAUGUCGCGGCCAGGCGAUAAUAAUUCCGAUCCUAUGCUGGAAAAUCAUUUGGAGGAGAACGGGAACGACUUACCACCGAUUGAGGACAUUACGACGAUCCCCGAGGAAGCUUCGGAAGAAUUAAGAGAGGAAGAGGAGGCGGCCGCAUUGGAGGCCGCGCUUAGAACGCCAGACGGUGGCACGAUUAGCACGGAAAUCGAGAAACCGUCGACCGCAUCGCUCAUGCAAGAACACGUUCUAUACAGUUGGCCAGGACUGCCGGUCGCGCUACCGUCACCAGCCUCACCAUCCGCGGUAAUCGUCUCGCCGGAAACGCUGUCUAGACACAGUAGCAGCUCACCUUCUCGCGUUCACCGGCCACCCCAGUUUGCGUUGGCCCUACCAUGCUCCUCGCAACCGAUUCCGGCGGUCUGCUACCCGGCGUCGACCUUCCUCGAGGUCACCGACGAGCGGAAGUGGAAGAACCUUGGCUGCGACGCCCUGGCGACCACUUUGAGCGCGCUGUACGGGAAACUUCUGGUUGUGAUGGGGAUCGCCUUUCCCAUGGCGGAAGUAAUAUCCACGUACAUACCGCCGUCUUUCUACGAGGCUUUCUACCUCUACCUCUACUUCGGCAGCAUGAUCUUCCUCGUGUACAUGUACGCCAUGCUGUUCGGGGACAGCAAGACGAAAUCAAAGAAGCAGAAAGACGUGUGUGAUCUGGACUCGUCGAGAUCGUCGAGCGGCGCCGGCGGCGACAGUGACGCGCCUGAGAGCGGAUGCCCGCACAUGAAUCCGGUACGUCCGGUCCAGCACUACGGUAGCUUCUAUCUACGAAUGGGUGCCGUGGCGUUCGGCAUCGGCUCAAUGAUCUACUCCGGGUUGGAAUUCGGCCAGUACUUUGAGUUGGAACAAAACACCAAGUGUCACAACAUCAUGCUGGCCCUCACACCUGCCACGAGAAUGGCCUUCAUCUUCAUCCAAAUGUACUUCAUAUUUCUAAACAAUGAGGAUAUGUACUUGCAGCAGAUGAAGGUUUAUCGUCAUCGCGUUGUUGCACGUUUCGGACUAAUGCAUAUGAUCGGCACGAAUCUAUCAGUUUGGCUGAACGUUCUCGUGCAAGAAACAAAACACGAGAUCCUCACGUUUUACAAUCCGGAGAACAAUUCCCUCAGAAUUUCUCACAGACUAGGUUCGAAAGGACUUCAUCUCGGUGGUCACAUGCAUUCUCAUCACGGAGAACACGUGCGAUUACCGCGCGGUCUCAAAGGACCCCAUCACAUGUUCGAAUGCAGAAGGACGAAUAUAAUGGGAUCGUUGGUACAAGAUGCCAGCCCUUUCCUUUUUCCGUGCACGAUAGAAUACAGCUUGAUUUGCGCGGCUAUUUUAUAUGUAAUGUGGAAAAACAUAUCGAAAGUCGGCUUCACGAAGCCUGCAACGCCGCCGGGCUCGCGUCAUCACACACAUGCCUAUAGGAAAUCGCCUCAUCAUUAUAGCGUGGAUUGCGCCCGCGCGCACAAGGGCCUCUUCGUGGGCAUUUUGAUUCUAGUGCUGACCAUAAUCUCCCUCAUCCUCUUCUUCGUUCUCAUUUCACGGCCCGAGCUGGUCAGCCUCGCUGUAACCGAAGUGAACGUCUGCGAAUUGACUCUCUACGGAAUGUCGACCCUGGCGACGAUGAUCGGCAUGUUCCAGAUGCGCAAGCUGCGCUACGACGGCGGCAGAAAUCUGGAGCUUGACAACAUCCUCCUGGUGGCCGCUCAGACCGGCAUGUUCAUCUACUCUACGUUCACCAUCAUCGGCGGCCACUUCACCCUGCAAAAACACACGGUCCUCGUGCUGGUCACCGCUCUGGCCAGUGUCGUCCAGACUACCUGCCAGACCAUUUUCAUUCUAGAUUCGUCGAGGCGCACGGUCGCCACCGCCGAGCAGAUACGCAGGAAGCCGGGCAGAGAAAUCGUGACGUUUCUAUUGGUGACGAAUCUGGCCAUGUGGGCAAUCAACACGCUGGAGAAAUCACGGGCGGAGUCGCAUCCGGUGCAGUUGCACUUCUAUGGCCUGUGGGCGUGGACGAUCAUCACCCAUGUCUCGAUGCCGCUGGCGAUCUUCUACAGGUUCCACAGCACCGUAUGUCUGUGCGAAGUGUGGAAGCGAGCCUAUAAGGUGAAACCCACCUACAUGUGACGCAAGGGGUCCCGUGAGGUCAUAUGGAAGACCGGUGGGAUUCCGCAGCGGCCCAAAAGUCAACUGUCAAGGCUUGAUGCCAUCGCGGAGAACGAUCCGGCGUAUUUCAUUUGAUCGAAAAAGAUCGAGUCACAAAAAUGAUUUUAAAAGGGAAAAAUCCGUUGGGCAACAUAAUAAGAAGUAGACAUCGAUAUCUUUAAACGGACAGAACUUUUCUAAUCCGAGCAUGAUUAAUGCAUUAAUACGUACAUGACAAUUCAUACGCACAUAAUCUGUAUCGAUUUCAGGGUAUAUUUCGGAAAGUUAACGGUAUAUAAUAAAUAGAUUCGGGUGUCCUCGAUAUUACAUACGUAAAUUGAGAUUAAAGAAGAAGACGUCGGCAGACAGAUACUCGCAAUAAGGCUAAUAAACAGUAGAUUACUUCGUCAUUUAUCGACGGUCAGUGUUCUAGCUAGCCUUCUAUGAAUUUAUUUCGUCGGUAUAAAUAUUGGCGACUCCAUACAGUUUACACAGCGCUAUUGUGUAAGUUUAUAAUACACUAAAACUGUAACAUACUGGAAACCAUCAAAACAACCGAACCAGGAAUUGUGCUCUUUGUUUAUUUAACGUCCUAAAUAAUAAAAUGCUAACAGUUUGCUGACAGAUUGACAGCAAAUUUAGAUUCUUACUGUAGAUCCACCAUAGUCAUCUGUGUCCGCAUUAAACUCAGGAUCUGUUGACAGAAUUUGCUGACAUGCUAUGCCAGUAGAUUGAUGACAGAAACUAAGCAACAUCUGCGCGCACGAGUAAUCUGAUGGCAGAUUAACAGCAAAAAUUGAACAAGAGCUGUAAAUCUUGCUCGGUUUCUGCUACCAAUUUACUGUAUGUCAGCAGGCUUUGUCCUAUUUUUGGCGGCGGUUUGGCGAUAUUAUUAGAUACUACAAACUCUGUGUGAAUUUUGUUGCUUUUCUGUCAACAAAAAUUGGUAGUAUACUAAAAAUCUGUCUUUUCAGAUUUAACUAUCUGAGAUACUACGUUCUGUAUUGCUCCUACGUUCCAUGGCACAAAUAACACGUGCAAGACUGCAGAGAAAACCCUGCAGAGAGAGUCCCCAUGUGGAAUUAUCUCUCUCGGCUCGCUCAUGUCGAGCAGAAUCCCUCUCGCCUCGUAAGGUUUUCAGUAUGUUAUAGAGUUUACUGGUCUAGUAUUACUUUCUAAAAUAAACACCAUUCUAAAAUGGAUUCGCCGAAAAUUAUUAGUAUGAUUCGCGUCGAAAAAGAACAAUUUUAAUAAACUCCAAAAAUGCGUAUUGAUUGUGACAUCUUAUUGCUGAUAAGCCGAUUUAUCAAAGCACGAUAUUAUGUACGAUCUCCUUGAAACCUAUUCGACCACUUUUUAGAGAUUUCGACUAAUCUAAAUAAUCCCCUUAUCCCAUUGAUAUAUUUGUAAAUAGCCUCUAACUUUACCGCGCUGAGAAACCGACACGAAAAGAGAAGAUUUGCAAACCACACGAAUGAGCUUAGCAGAAUCGCAGUAUUUACGCGAUAAAGGCAUUACGUGUACAUUGAUGUCUAUCGCUUGCCAUCAUCGCAGUCUUUGCCCUAAUCGAUAAUCCUACAAAGCAAAAAUAACUGAACAAGAAUCACUAUAUAAGAUAAGUGAAUUUCAUUCGAUAAAAGAGAAAGUGAUAGCAGUGAAUAAACGAUUUCAUUCGUAUCUCGUAUCGAUUCCACAAUAUCAUUCGAAUUGAUAGAAGAUAAGGAAAGCAUUUAUCUAUUAUAUGAUAAAAUAUCUUGAGAAGUGAAACACUCAAUUAUACUUCUCACAAUUA